AUUCUUCUCAGCUAUGAAUCAACUCUCUUUUGGAAAAAGAUUGUUUACAGGAAGAUCGCUUGUUCCACUUCAACGACGACUGAUCACUACAUUAACCUUCAAGAGACGCGACGCUUCUCUUCUCUUACAUUCCUCUCCAACAACUUUACGUGCCAACUCUUCUUUCCCUUACCGAUCGUUUCAUUCGUCUUCUAUUCUCAAGUCAAGCUCUACAGCAAACCGUCUCAUCCAUGAAAAAAGUCCUUAUCUUUUGCAACACGCACACAACCCUGUUGACUGGUAUCCUUGGGGAAAAGUAGCUUUUGAAAAAGCUAAGAUAGAAAACAAGCCCAUUUUUUUAAGCAUUGGUUAUUCUACAUGUCAUUGGUGUCAUGUUAUGGAACAUGAAUCUUUUGAGAACGAUCAAGUGGCAAAAAUUCUGAAUGAUCACUUUAUUUCGAUUAAAGUGGAUCGUGAAGAAAACCCCGGCGUAGACAAGUUAUAUAUGACAUAUGUUCAAUUGACAACUGGUCGUGGUGGCUGGCCCAUGUCCGUCUUUUUGACUCCUGAUCUUCAACCUUUUUUUGGAGCCACUUACUUUCCUCCUGAUGAUAUAGCUGGUCAAACUGGAUUCAAAACCGUGUUAUCAAGAAUUGCCAAGGUAUGGGAGGAGAAACCGGAUGCACUUCGUCAGAAUGGUCAAGAUACUAUCCAUCAACUCAAGUCAUAUGUACAAUCACGAGCAACUGAUCCUCUCGUUGAUAUGGAUGCUAAUAAAAUUGCUAAGGAUGCUUGCGAUCAUUAUCAAUCUGUUUAUGAUGCUUCUCAAGGUGGUUUCAGUGGUGCGCCAAAAUUCCCUCAACCUGUCCAAAUGAACUUUUUACUCGACUACUUUGGAUACUGUCGACAAUCUUCAGAAAACAUCAAGAAUAAUGAUUCUGGGAAGGAUGCUCUCAAUAUGGUUUUAUACACUUUGAAGAAAAUUGCUAAUGGUGGGAUUCAUGAUCAUGUUGGCGGUGGUUUUCAUAGGUAUAGUACUGAUAAGAAUUGGCAUGUUCCUCAUUUUGAAAAGAUGUUAUAUGAUCAAGCACAACUUUUGGCCACUUACUCUACAGCCUAUCAAAUCACCAAAGAUCCAUUCUUUGCUAUGACUGCCAGGGAUAUUAUUACUUAUGUUAGUCGUGAUUUACAUCACUCUCAAGGAGGAUUCUAUUCUGCUGAAGAUGCUGAUUCUUUACCUACCAAUGAUGCCAAAGCCAAAUUAGAGGGUGCCUUUUGCGUAUGGACCAAAUCCGAACUUGAAUCCAUUUUGGAAACCAAUCAAGCUCAAGUCGUCAUUCGUCAUUUUGGUGUCAAGUCAGAAGGAAACGUUGAUCCUAUGCAAGACCCGCACAAGGAACUAACGAACAAGAAUGUUCUAACUUCAGUUGAAACUCUGAAAGAAACUGCAGAUGCUUUGAAUAUGCAAGAAUCAACUAUUGUAGACCUUCUUCAAAGUGCCAAACAACAAUUAUGGAAAUAUCGAACAGAACAUCGACCUAAGCCUCAUCGCGAUGAAAAGAUUUUAACAUCUUGGAAUGGAUUAAUGAUUACUGGAUUAGUCAAAGCAUAUCAAGCUCUUCAAGAUCCCUCUAUCCUUGAAUUGGCUACCAAUACUGCAGAUUUUAUUCACAAAGAAUUGUAUCAAGCCAAGUCAAAUACACUUUUACGAAGCUAUUGUCAAGGUCCUUCUACUAUAGAAGGCUUUUUGGAUGAUUAUAGCUAUUUGAUCCAAGGAUUACUUGAUUUGUACGAAACUGACCACGAUGACCGAUGGAUCCAAUGGGCCUAUGAUCUUCAAGAAAAACAGAAUGAAUUAUUCUAUGAUAAAGAAGCUGGUGGUUAUUUUACGGUACAAGAAAGUGAUAAAAGUAUUUUAGUACGAUUGAAAGAAGAACAAGAUGGUGCCGAGCCUUCUCCAAAUGCUGUAUCAUUGAAAAAUUUGGUUCGAUUAGGUACAAUCAUAGAAAAUCAAUCAUAUGUGACCAAAGCGCAAGAUACUGUGGAUUGUUUCAACAUGGCUAUGUCUAGGUUUCCUUAUGCCAUGCCUGCCUUGGUGACCUCUUUUCUUUUGAUGUACCAUGGUGCCAAACAGAUUGUUCUUGCUGGAAACUCUUCAGAUAAAUCGAUGCAAACUUAUCAAGAUAUCGUCAAUCAAGUGUUUAUUCCUAAUAAACUUGUUAUACAGGCAAAAAAUAGUGGAUUUGUGCAUGACAACAAUAAAGUGAUUGCAGAUAUCAGUUCAUCAUUGGAUUAUCAACAUGGAAAAGCCACUGCAUUUAUCUGCGAAAACUUUACAUGUGGACUACCUAUUCAAGAUGUUGGACAAUUGAAGAAACAACUGGAAUAUUGAUAGAAUGGAUGUAGUAUUAGAUUAUCUCUCUCUUUUUUUUUUUUUC